AAUCUUUCAUAUGAUAUGAUAUGAUACUGCCAUAGCUCUCCUACUUCUGUCAAACCAGAGUUUCACAAACUGCUUCACAUUUUAGUACUACUGCUUCUCUUCUCUUUACACCAUGCUUGAUCAGUGCCAAAAGUUCCCUAGGAAUCAGCUCUAUGUAACCUGCCAUGUCCACAGCAGACAAGAGAGUGCAGAAGACAAAGAGUUUGGUUUCUGGACUGCAUGGGAUUUUCAAGCUCAGGCAUGUCUUGAAGAAGAUCUCGGUGCUCACACACCGCGGUUAUGGGAAACAAACACCAAAUUUGAGUCUUCUCCUUUGCUCCCCCAAAACCAUCACCACAGUGAUCUAUCUCCCAAGUCACGAAGACGUGUGAUUCUUGAAAGCAGGACCGAACUUAUGCAGAUGGUUCAAAACAUGCCAGAGUCAUGUUAUGAACUUUCUCUGAAAGAUCUUGUUGGUGAGCAACAAGGUGAGCAGAAGGCUGGAGAAGGCACUGAUGUUGAAGAGAAGAGCUUUGACUUCAACAAUCAAGCUCAAAUCAGGAACCAGAAGAAGAAAACAACCUACAAGACAAGGCAGAUAUCGCGGACUUCUAGUAUGGAAAGCGAAACAUUCCUUAUCAAGAUGUUCUUUCCAACUUUUCUAGGCUCAAAGAAGAAAGGAAAAGCAGCUGGGAAUUGCUCAAAAGUUUCCCCAAGGCCAUCACUUGAAGGACCUGAGAACCAUAAAGAUUUGUGUGUUGAUAGCACAGGCAGCAGAAGAAGGGCUUCUGAUGACGAUACAUUACCUAGUUGCUGGACCUUCUUCCAGAGCAAGAAAGGCAAAAGCAAAAGACCAAGGGGAAGCUGAUUCUAAGC